AUGAAAAUUUUUUUAACCAGUAUUGUAGAAAAUGCUUUUAAACGAAAAGAUGAAAAAAAAAUUAAACAACUGUUUCACUUCAUCACUCAUACAAAGAAAAAAUGUAAUAUUAAAAUAAACGAGGAAGAUAUUGUAUAUGUCAUUUCAAAAUAUGGAAUAUAUAUAAACCUUUUAGAAAAUUAUUAUUUAACAAGAAAUAUUUCAAAUGACAAUAUUUAUGAUUCAGUAUACUUUUAUUAUAAUAAAGAUGAAAAUUUUAUAAAAUUAAAGAAUAAAAAAACGAACCAAUUCAUAAAUAUUAAUAUAAAUCAUAAACAUAACAUAUACCAUAAAAAUCAAACCUUAUAUAAUCAUUAUUAUUAUGUAAAACAAAAAAAAGAAAAAAUUUUAAUAGACCCAUAUCAUAAUUACCACCUUAUAAAAAAAUUUCUUUAUUACAGUAAAUUGUAUUUUAACUCUUUUUUUCACAUAUAUUUUAAAUGUUUACUCAAAGAAACACAAUGUAAUAAAAGAAAUAUUAAAAAUGAUAUAUACCUAUUUCACUCAUUAUGCUUGUUAAAUUAUAAAGAACAAAAACAAAGAACCAAAUAUAUUUUUCAAACAAUAAUUACUAAUAUUAUAAAAACAAAUCAAUAUUAUUUAAAUCAUAAAAGAGACAACAAACAAAAUAUAAAUAAUACAAACCAUUUAUUUAAUAAUGCAUAUCCAUUAUGUAGUAAUACUAUAGUAGAACUUGUGACUGUCAUAAAUAAACACAUUGAUAAAAUAGAAAUAUGGGGAAUUCAUAUUAUACAACUAUUAUGUCUCCAUUUGUUCAAUUAUAUUUUUCAUUCUACCUUUUUUAUAAUAAAUUGGAAAAAUGGGAACAUGAAAAGAGAAACAAAUGUUCAGGUGAAAAGUGAUGAAUUAAAAAAUGUUCAGGUGAAAAGUGAUAAAAUAAAAAAUGUUCAGGUGAAAAAUGAUAAAAUAAAAAAUGUUGAGGUGAAAAAUGAUAAAUUAAAAAUUGUUCAGGUGAAAAAUGAUAAAAUAAAAAAUGUUCAGGUGAAAAGCGAUGAAUUAAAAAAUUGUCAGGUAAAAAAUGAUAAAUUAAAAAAUGUUCAGGUAAAAAAUGAUAAAUUAAAAAUUUGUCAGGUAAAAAAUGAUGAAUUAAAAAAUGUUCAGUUAAAUAAUGAUAAAUUAAAAAAUUGUUGGGUGAAAUCCUUUCAUGAUGUAGAAGAAAAUCCCCAUAUACAUAAUUACACACCUUAUGAUUCAUGCUUCCUUGGAAAUCUCUCAAAUGUGGAGAUACAAAUCAACAAGGAUGAAGAAACAAAAGAAAUAAAUAUAAAUGAACUGGAAGUUUUUUAUAAUUCUAUAUUUAUGGAUAUUUCCAAUUUUGUAAGUAUUGUUUAUUUUUUGAAAAAGUAUUAUAAUAAUGCUUUUUUUGAGAGAUAUAAGAAAUGGAAAGAUCCAAUUGGAGGAGACCAUUUAAUGAGUCUUAUAGAUAAGAAAAUUGUUUAUAUAUAUUCACAUAUAUAUGUGUGUAAUUAUCCUUUAUCAUAUUUAAAAAGGUGUAUAAAAUGGAAAUGUUUAAAAGAUAAAGUAAAGGAAAAAGUAAAAAUAGAAGAUAAUUUAGAAAAAAAUUUAAAUUUUACAAAUUAUAAUAAUAUAGAAAAUUAUUUAAAUAAAAAGAAUAAUUUUUUAUUUUUACAGAAAAAAGAAAUAUUAUAUUGUUUUAAUAAAAUAUAUUCAGAUAUAACUUAUUCAUUAUAUUCAAAUACACAUUUGUUAAUGCUAAAAAUUUAUAUUUCCCAGUUUGAUAAAUUAUUAAAAGAUACAUCUGGAAAAAAAAAUUUUGUACUUUUUCAAUACAACAUGAUGAUAAUUAUAAAAUUUGUAAAUUUUUUAUCUACAACUUUUUUACGUCAAAAUGAUGAUAUGUUUUAUCAUUUUAAUAAAAUAAUUUAUUAUCAUAUUUCUUAUUGCAAAUCAUUACUUUAUUUAAAAGAUCAAAAUGAUAAAUCUAAUCAUAUUAAUGAUAUGAUGUCUGUGUACUAUCAAUUCUUUGAGUUCUUAUUAAAAUAUUACAAAACGUUUUUAUGUACCAACAAUUUAACUUUUCUUUUGUCUUUUUUUUCUGACUUGUUCAGGCAAAAGGGAAAUAAAAUGAAAGAAUUAAAAUUGGCUGUUUUGAUAAAUGAAGAGAUAAUAAAUAGGAUGAAGAGUAAUUCAUUUUAUAUGUAUUCUGAUGAAUGGGAUGAUGAAAAUGUGUCAAUUGUGGAUCCUAUUUGUGAUAAUAACUUAUAUAAUGACAAAUUAUAUAUUGACAAAUUAUAUAAUGACAAAUUAUAUAUGAAUAAUAAACAACCACAUAAUAACUACACACAGUCGAAACCAUUUGAUAUGCGUUUAUUAAAUGAUCGUCUGAAAAAUAUAAUUGUAAAUAAAAGGCAUGUGUACAACAUUUGUAAUUCAUAUAUACAAUUAGAAUAUUACGAUGAAAGGUUUAUAAGUUUAGUUUCAGAAUAUACUCAAUUAUAUCUUUCGAAAUUAAAUAAUAAAGACAUAACAGCAGUAGUAUAUUUUUUUUAUAAGAUGAAAUAUAAAAAUACAGAAAUAGCUGGAAAUAUUAUGACUCAUAUCGAAAGGAACCUUAUACAAUAUAAUAUGAAUGAAAUAUAUAUAAUAUUAAAAUGUUAUUUUGAAUUAUACAAUUUUUUAAAAAAAAAAAACUUGAAUAUAUUAAGUUAUGUUUUUUUUUACAUUUAUUCGUGUUAUUAUAUAGAUAAGUUUAUAUUAUUAGAUGAACAUUAUUUGUUAUGUCAUACAUCCAAGGAAAAAAUAAAAAAAAAAGAGAAGAACAAAAAAGAAGAUAUAUUAAAAAGAAGUAAUUUUUUAAAACACCAUCAUAUGGACAUAUCAUUUUAUAUAAAAGAGUUGAAAAACUUAUUUUCUUGUUUAAAUUACAAGAUAAACAUAUUAUAUAAUGAACAAAAUAAAUCGAUAGAAAUACAAAAUAAUGAUCAUAUAAAAUAUGCGAUCAAUGAAAAAGAGAUAAAUAAAAUUCUUUUAAAUAUUCUUAUGAAAGGAGAAAAAAAUAAAGAAGGAAAAACAAAUAUAUAUUAUUAUCAAAUAUAUAAGGACAAAAAUUUUAUAAAAUCUAUUUUAAAUAUUUUAUUCCUUUUAUCAAAGUAUAAAAUGAAAAAGCACUAUAUGUUAUAUGAUCUCAGUUAUCUUACUUUUAUAAAACAUGACAAAUAUAAUCAUAUGUUACAUGUAUAUGAUUGGGCAAGUUUAAUAACAAGCUACAGUAAAAUAAAAUAUAAUGUUCCUUAUAUUGAUAAAUAUAUUUUAAUUUUCUACAAUAUUUUAAUAAAACAAAAUAAAAAAAUAACAAUGAAUAAUACAAAUAAUGAUCCCAAUAAAAAUUAUGAUACUCAUUAUUCUAAUGAACAUAUGAUGAGAGUAAUUAACUCCUUGUGUUGUUAUUUAAAAAAUAUCAACCUCAAAAAUAAGGUGUUAAUAUAUAAUUUAUUAGAUAAAAAAAAAAAUAAAAGCAUGUGA